UAUCAUUGCCAUUUCGAAUCUCAGCUCGGUUCCGACACACCGGAUAACCAUUGCUCGACACCAAUCAUCUGAAGUUUCUGCCCGCUUCAGCAGACAAAAUGCGAGUACGACAACAACUUCAUCACACGCUCACUCUUCAUGUACUGGUCAUGUAGUUGCCUACCUAGGUAUCACCAAUAAAGUCUCCCAACCAUGCCCUUGCCACGUGCAGUAGAUCUCGUUUACCAAUCAUAUCGAUGGUUAUAUCUACUUUCAGGACGAUGCAGAUUGACACGACAGGGCCACUUACUGAAAAUCACCCGCAAUGGCCGAUCCUUUCGUAAUCUGAGACUUGAACCCCUGGUUCAUCCAAUCUCCAAUCCGCUGUCUCCGGCAUCGUCAUUCCGGCCGUGUGUAUCUAUCACACCGUCACAUUCAACUCUGGGCUUGAAAGGACCGGUAUCAUCUUGGGGGCAGUAGCGAGAGAUCAGCUCUUUUAAUCGAUAGCGUGCGAUAAAACGCUUCUUAACAUCUUCUCUGUCAUUUUCUAAUAUCGCGUAAUUGUCUUACUGGGGGGGGUUGUAACAUCAAUUAAUAUAAUCAGCAAGUUGCUCGUAGACACAGUCCAAUUUUUCGUCGUCCGCGUCAGCGGACGGGAUCACUUCAUCUUGAUCAGUCUCGGGUGGCUGCUUCAAAAGGGUCACGGGUGGAAUGCCUUCAACAAAAUCCAUGAUUAUGAGUGGACCUAGAUGCUGAGGACUGCCUUGUAUCGUACCCCAGCUCAGUAUCCUCUCCUCGCCCAGGGAUUCCAAGAAAUGGACUUCAUUCUUGCCCUUUCCCUCGCGGAAAUCUGUGGCUGACCUGGCUUCGGGAAGCGGAUCACAUCUUU